AUGUCUCGCUCGCAAUAUGACAUCCCAUCUGCCCAUCAGAAAAACUCACAUCAUGUAUAUCAACGUUCUUCUUCGGCUAUCACCGCAACAAACGUACCGACGGCUCGACGGGAACCCCGCACCAACAGUCAAUCCUCUAUCUUUGUCGAAGACCGUAAAGGGGAUAUGCAGAUUUUAGCCUAUGGGUCCUUACAUCGCAACUCGGUCCCACGCUAUCGACCAGCCGGUCGCGGUCGCAUAUUAGGACUCGACCCAAAGUAUCGCAUUACGUCUAGAUCUGAGACAGCACUUCGGGUGGAAGAUGCAGAGAGCGAUUCGACGCGAAAAUCACGCAAGGAGACUCUACUUACAAAGUUUGUUGAUAACGAUGCCGCCACGACAAUUAUUCACGAUAAACCCAGCACCUGGACCGAUCUGGAGCAAGACUUUCUCGUGCUCGAGCCUGGUCAGCGCCGGAAGAGGAGAGGGCUUGGAAUAGAUCAUUUACGAAUAGCUGCAGAGGCAGAGGAAAGUGAAGAGUCCGAGCCGGAUGUAGCAGAAGCAGCAGUCGCGGAGGACCCCUUUGAAGCCUAUAAGAAAAGUCCUAUCCACCAAAGACAUCUCGAACUAUCCAAAGCUACGAAAGAGCAACCUGAUUCUGCCUCGCCAUGGCUCGCCUUGAUCGAGUUUCAAAAAGAUCUUCUUUACGACAACCUGGGCAACUCGCCAUCACCCAGGGACCUCAGCGAACGCAAAAUAUCCCUAUAUGAGCAGGCUUUGUCGCAUGUUAAAUCCCAAGACGGCCGGCAUGCCCUGAUUGUCGGCCUGAUGCGAGAGGCAAGGGCAGUCUGGGAUGUAGACAAGCAUGCCUCAAGGUGGAGGGCAUUUCUUGGCGACGGUGCCUCAUUCGAUCUGUGGAAGCUCUAUGUCGACUUUGUCCAGACCAACUCAGUCAGAUUCAGCGUUGAAGACUGUCUCCAAGCCCACCUGAAUUGGCUCAAGACGUUUCGGGUGCCUAGGCCGGGGACAACGGAUCGCCAGAGAGACUCGAAUUGUGUCUAUAUACUACUACGCUUGACUAUGCUCUUAUGGCAGACGGGAUUUACUGAACGAGCGGUGGGGAUUUGGCAGGCACUUCUCGAAUGGAACUGUUUCCAGCCUCAACCUCAACAUCUACAAUCGAAUGACUCCAUGUCACUGUUCCGAGCCUUUUGGGAUAGAGAGGUUGCGCGCAUCGGCGAGGAAGGUUCCAAGGGCUGGGUCUCAGAUCCAGCUUUUGAGCCAGUUCCUAUAACAGACAGGUCAUUCCAAACCGAAAAUAUGGACAUCCAGCAGUGGGCCGCGGCCGAAACGGAGCUCGAACAGACUGCAAGCUUACCUGCAAGAUCCCUCGACGAAGUCGGCGAGGAUGAUUCGUACCGCAUCGUUCUCUUUGCAGACAUCGAAGAGUUACUCUUUCGCCCCUCUUCCGACUCUGCUCUCGGGUUGCUAGUCGACGGCUUCUUGCUGUUUGCAGGCCUGCCUCCGAUCACGUCAUUCGACGACGGCAGCGCGUGGAAGGGUGAUCCAUUCAUCUGCAACCAAUCCCCCAGCGGUUCCAAUCUUGUAGACCUGGUUGAGCAAGGAGACGAACGAAUCGGUAUAUAUAUGCACUACGACGAAGUGUCUUUCGCCGUCAAGCAACGUGCAUGUCGAUUACCUGAAAACCUAGGACCUCGCUCUGGAAGACUUCUGGACUCAAGUCCCGAGUUCUUGCGUAGGGUUAUUGCUCAGCUCGCGGGGUUGCCAAAUGAUGGAGAAAUGCUCGCGGGGAUCAUGGAAUAUGCUGUUGCUUUUGACGCAGGUAUUGACCUCAAAGGUGCCAGGAAGCAGGCAAGAUCAUUUCUCAAGGACAAAGGUGAUAGUCUCAGGCUUUACGACGCAUUUGCCUUGCUGGAAGCUCAACUUGGGAACUUCGAGUCAGCGGAGAAAGUGUGGUCCACCGCGCUUUCGAUGAGGACGUCGUUUGACGGGGAUGGACGCAUGCAUGUCUUCUACAUGUGGCGGAAUUGGGCCUACUCCCAUAUGUGCCGGGGACACUUCACCCAGGCGAGGACAUUGCUCAGCAUGCUGGCCGACCAAGUCUUCGACUUGGCAAGAUUCAAAGCGGAGAACUUGAACAUUCAGGCAUCUUCUGCAGCGGCACAGAUCAAGGUUGAGCAACACAUCAAGCGACAAAUCGAGAUUACUGGCUUAAAAGGUGACUCUGUAUCAUUGCGUGCCAUGGUCGAUGUGUUGGCAUAUCACCGAUACCUUAAUAGCGGCUUGCGGCUCGAAGUGGCUCUGGACACCUACCAGGAUUGUCUCAAACCGCAUACGGGUGUCUCGAAAUCGAAAUCCGCUCUGAAUGAAGCAAUACACGAACAACAAGCACGAUUCAUCUAUGCGCAUGCGGUCAUUUUCAAAAAGGACUUCAAACCGCGCGUGCUUAACGCCAUCUUAGCACAAUCCGUGCGAACUUUCUCAGACAACCUCAUUCUCCUGAUACUCAAUUCUUAUUUUUCGCGGAAAGCUGGAGCUAUUGACCGUUUGCGCCAAGUCGACUCGGUGGCAAGGUUAGAACAGGACACCAACACGACAGGAAGCGUAGUUCCGUGCAUCUUUGAUGUUCUAGUAGAACUCACCAGACCUGCAUACUCGGGACGCACUGUUCACAGCAUUCGCUCGGCAUUCAAGCGUGCUACUCGAGUCGGCUCACCAGGACACGAUAGUGUAGAGCUGUGGGAGGCAUUUGUUCUAUGGGAGGCAUCUCUCGUUGUCCGGCAAGGUGGGUCGAAUCGCAGCAGUACCGGCGGCAUCAGGCCUCCCUCGAAAGAGGAUCUGGCGACAUUGGCAAGCCAAGCUCGAGAGGCCUUGUACGCAUCGCUACGAGCAUGUCCGUGGUCGAAGAAUUUAUGCAUGCUGGCAUUCACUGAUUCCACUCUGAGAAGUGCUCUUGGCGAUGAGGCAUUGAAAUGGGUGUAUCAAAACAUGGCUGAUCGAGGCAUGCGGCUUCACAUAGACAUCUCUGAUGUUUUGUACUAG